AUGAAGUAUAAGUCAGAGGCCAAGCAGCAAAGAGCCGAAUUGGAGAGGCUUCGCGAGAAAUCGGCUACCUCUAAGAAUGCUGCCAUUUCCAACACUAUGCGGGCAAAAGUUGACUUGGCCAGGAAGGAUGCCGAUGAAGGCAGGGUUCAGCUUGGGGCUAUCAGGAUGAAACUGAGAGAGGUCAAUAAGAAACUUCUUACUGCUGAGAAGAAGGUGGCCAACCUGACCAACGAUCUACAAGCCUCCAAUCGGUUUGAAGCCGCCAUUGCCUCCCUGUUUAAGGAUGUGAACAACCUUCAAGAGGAAAGGGUGGUUCCCCGGGCCAUCUUCCACAUGUUGAAAGAAGAGAAGAAGACUAAGGAAAAGGAUCUGAAAGUUGAAGUCAAGAAGUAUAAGUCAGAGGCCAGGCAGCAGAGAGCCGAAGUGGAGAGGCUUCGUGGGAGAACUGCUCUAAAGAUGGCUUAUGCUUAUUCCCGAGCUAAGUCGGCUACCUCUAAGAAUGCUGCCAUUUCUAACACUAUGCGGGCGAAAGUGGACUUGGCCAGGAAGGAUGCCGAUGAAGCCUUGGUUGAGCUUGGGGCUAUCCGAAUGGAACUGGGAGAGGUCAACAAGAAACUUCUUACUGUUGAGAAGAAGGUGGCCAACCUGACCAAAGAUCUACAAUCGUCCAAUCAGCUUGAAGCCGCCAUUGCCUCCCUGUCUAAGGAUGUGAACAACCUUCAAGAGGAAAGGGAUGUUCUCCGGGCCACUGCUCUAAAGAUGGCUUAUAUUUAUUCCCGAGCUAAGUCGGCUACCUCUAAGAAUGCUGCCAUUUCCAACACUAUGCGGGCGAGAGUGGACUUGGCCAACAAGGAUGCCAAUGAAGCCAGGGUUCAGCUUGGGCCUAUCCAGAUGGAACUAGGAGAGGUCAACAAGAAACUUCUAACUGCUGAGAAGAAGGUGGCCAAGCUGACCAAAGAUCUACAAGCCUCCAAUCAGUUUGAAGCCGCCAUUGCCUCCCAGUCUAAGGAUGUUAACAACCUCCAAGAGGAAAGGGAGGUUCUCCGGGCCGUCUUCCACAGGUUGGAAGAAGAGAAGAAGACUAAGGAGGAGGAGCUUAAAGUUAAGGUCAUGAAGUAUAAGUCAGAGGCCAAGCAGCAAAGAGCCGAAUUGGAGAGGCUUCGCGGGAAAGCGGCUACCUCUAAGAUUGCUGCCAUUUCCAAUACUAUGCGGGCGAAAGUGGACUUGGCCAGGAAGGAUGCCGAUGAAGGCAGGGUUCAGCUUGGGGCUAUCAGGAUGGAACUGGGAGAGGUCAAUAAGAAACUUCUUACUGCUGAGAAGAAGGUGGCCAAGCUGACCAAAGAUCUACAAUCCUCCAAUCAGUUUGAAGCCGCCAUUGCCUCCCUGUCUAAGGAUGUGAACAACCUUCAAGAGGAAAGGGAGGUUCUCUGGGCCGUCUUCCACAUGUUGGAAGAAGAGAAGAAGAUUAAGGAGGAGGAGCUUAAAGUUCAGGUCAAGAAGUAUAAGUCAGAGGCCAGGCAGCAGAGAGCCGAAGUGGAAAGGCUUCGCGGGAAAAUUGGUCUAAUGAUGGCUUAUGCUUAUUCCCGAGCUAAGUCGGCUACCUGUAAGAAUACUGCCAUUUCUAACACUAUGCAGGCGAAAGUGGACUUGGCCAGGAAGGAUGCCGAUGAAGCCAGGGUUCAGCUUGGGGCUAUCCUGAUGGAACUGGGAGAGGUCAACAAGAAACUUCUUACUGCUGAGAAGAAGGUGGCCAACCUGACCAAAGAUCUACAUUUUGAAGCCGCCAUUGCCUCCCUUUCUAAGGAUGUGAACAACCUUCAAGAGGAAAGGGAGGUUCUCUGGACCGUCUUCCACAGGUUGGAAGUAGAGAAGAAGACUAAGGAGGAGGAGCUUAAAGUUGAGGUCGAGAAGUAUAAGUCAGAGGCCAGGCAGCAGAGAGCCGAAGUGGAGAGGCUUGGCGGGAAAGUGAAUGCUCUAGAGAUAGCUGGUCUCGACAUUUUCUAUGACUUAUCACAUUUCAAUAUAAAUGUGAGGGGGGGCUGGGUUCAGUAUGUCGUACCCACUACAAUGGCCCCUUAA